CUCUGAAAGCGUCACGCGGUGAAGCACGUGCUGGUUUAUGUUGUGAAAAUAUUAAGGGAAAAUUCGAAUAAAAAAAAUAUGAACAACGACUGAGUGUCUGAGGUCAAGCUCGAGGGUGUUUAUCCCUCAGGAUGACUCGCCAAUCUGGGCCGAUCCACAUCCGGCCAAUCACGGAUACGACAAGUGAACGAACAACCUCUUCAAGUUCUUUUUCCAUAGCGACCCUUGCGACCAUCGAUCCGGUGGAUUUGCUGCUUUUGUUCGAUGAUGAGGUCAGUGUCAACUCGACUAGUGAUAAAGUGCGUGAUACCGUGACAAGAAUAUUGAAUGAGAGUGAUUAUAAUACAACAUCAAGUGCGCGCGACUUAAUGACAAACUAUGAAGACCAUGGACUUAACAACUGGUGGGCAAUGUUAGCUGUUGUUUUAGUUGUUGUCACAGCAGGCGGUAACAUACUUGUGUGUCUAGCGAUAACGUGGGAAAGGAGACUUCAAAAUGUCACCAACUACUUUCUCAUGAGUCUUGCGGUUACAGAUCUCAUGGUCGCUAUUCUCGUGAUGCCUCUAGGCAUCCUAACGCUUGUUAGAGGAUAUUUUCCACUUCCAUCAAUUUACUGCCUCGUGUGGAUCUGUUUGGACGUUUUAUUCUGCACAGCAAGUAUUAUGCACUUGUGUACAAUAAGUGUGGAUCGGUACUUAAGUUUUCGCUAUCCUAUGAAGUUUGGUCGUAACAAGACGCGUCGACGUGUUAUCCUGAAAAUCGCCUUUGUCUGGUUCUUGAGUAUUGCCAUGAGUUUGCCAUUAAGCCUCAUGUACUCCAAGGACGAUGCUUCAAUGCUUGUAGACGGCGCCUGCCAAAUUCCAGAUCCACUCUACAAGUUGAUCGGUAGCAUAAUCUGCUUUUACAUACCACUAGGGGUGAUGCUACUCACGUACGCGCUAACAUUUCAACUCUUGGCUGAACAACGGCAGAAUAUCUGCAGGACACCAGUUGCAGGUUUUGACAGGGGAAGCACUUGGAGACGACUUCAGAUAAGCAAAGGAAAUGAAGGGAGUGGUGGAACACCGCAGCAUACAUCAGCAGCCUCUACUGACACAGAACCCACCUUAGACAGUCGGGAAUUCUGGUUGCCUGAAAGCAAACCACCACCUUCUGCAAUGUUGGCUCUGCAUGCAUUUGGAGCUGAAAUGUUCAAACUAUCAAAAGGUCUUGGUGGUAUAGGGAAUUUUGCGUCAGAUCAGUCACCCAUUGUAACCCCCAGGUCAACUACUCAUCAGCAUCAACAUGAAUUAACUCAUCCACGAAGCAGAUUUAGAAAUGAAAGUGCCGAAAGCGCAGCGAGUAGUGAAACAGGAUCUAGAGCUAGUUUGACAAUCAUCCAGGAUGAUUCUAGUCCUCCAACUCAAUGGAAACAUCGAAGAAGAGCAUCAACUUACAACGAAGCGUAUUUUCAUCGACUUGAAUCUCCUAUGAAGAUGCAACGAAAACGAGCAUUUAGCUUUCAUGAAUCUAAUCCUUUAGAUAAAUCUUUAUCCCGAUUAUCGCCACAACAUGAUUCAGCUUUGGAAAAUCCUAGACGAAAGAACAUUGAGAAAGAAGAUCUUGUGCUUCCACCUCCAUGCACCUGCCCUUACUUUGGAGAAUCCUCGAAAAAACCACCAGAUAACUCUGGAGAAGUGGUCAUUAUCUCCAGUGCAAGCCUCAAACCUAUUGGUAGAAAGAGUCCGAAGACUGAGACAAAAUCCUUUGAAGGAUCAAACUCUGUUGUCACUUGGAGAGGCACCAGGAGAGGUUCAAGUGCUGGCAGCACAAGGACUCUUUUGGCAUCAUCAUGUCCAACACCUCUGCGACGUGCUGUUACAAUGAAAGCUCACAAUGGCGCCACUCUCACACCUAAACCAAACUCAUCGUCACCAUGUUUGUUGAAGUACAGUGGUACCAUUCGGACUCAUCAUUCUCGAAACAGUAGUGUUUUGUCGCGAAACAGUUCGGGUCGUGGUCAAGCAAUCCGACUGGAACAAAAAGCUACCAAAGCUCUUGGAGUAGUUUUCUUUACAUUUGUCAUCUUGUGGGCACCAUUUUUUGUUCUAAAUCUAGUGCCUGCGGUGUGUCCUGACUGUGAAAAAAGAAUUGAUAGGAAAAUUUUUGAUCUUGUUACUUGGUUGGGUUAUUCCAGUUCUAUGGUCAAUCCUAUUUUGUAUACAAUUUUUAAUAAGGUCUUCCGACAAGCAUUCAAAAGAGUUCUACUUUGUCAACGUAAUAAACCAGCAUGGAAACCAUCGCGGUAG